AUGUUUCAGGACGCCAUGGUUUCGGUGGAAGCGCACGUUGCCGCAAAAUUGCAGGUAGAAGGCGUCUUCGGGGACCUGCAGAUGCUGAAAGGACAACUCAUGAAGUCGAUCGAGAGCAGGCCUGUGCCCAGCCUGCCAACUGUUAGUGUGAUGUUCUGA